AUGAAGCUCAGCAGCCUGAUCAUCGCUGCUGCGGCAGGCUCCGCGGUGGCUGCUCCCGCCGCGAAGGAGCAUAAGAAGAGAGCUUCGGUUUUUGAAUGGAUCGGAAGCAAUGAAUCUGGCGGUGAAUUCGGCGAAGACACGAUCCCCGGAGAAUGGGGAACCGAAUUUAUCUUCCCUGAUGUCGACGCCAUCACUACCCUGAUUGGCAAGGGAAUGAACAUCUUUCGUCUUCAGUUCAUGAUGGAACGGUUGACUCCAAAUGGUAUGACGGGGUCGUAUAAUGAGGCGUAUUUGAAGAAUUUCACUACUGUCGUCAACGCCGUCACCGAUGCCGGAGUCCACGCUAUCCUGGAUCCUCACAACUAUGGACGAUUCAACGGCGAAAUCAUCACCGAGACCUCCGACUUCCAGACUUUCUGGGAGAACCUGGCCGGCGAGUUCAAGGACAACGAACUGGUGAUCUUCGAUACCAACAACGAAUACCACGACAUGGACCAAGACCUCGUCCUCAACCUCAACCAAGCCGCCAUCGACGGCAUCCGCGCCGCCGGAGCAACAUCCCAAUACAUCUUCGUCGAAGGCAACUCCUGGUCCGGCGCAUGGACCUGGCGCGAGGUAAACGACAACCUGAAAGCGCUCACCGACCCCAACGACAAGAUCGUCUACCAGAUGCACCAGUACCUCGACUCGGACGGCUCCGGCACCUCGGAGACCUGCGUGUCCGGGACCAUCGGCAGCGAGCGCGUCAGCGACGCCACGGACUGGCUGAAGGAGAACAACAAGGUCGGCAUCCUGGGUGAGUUUGCGGGCGGCGUGAAUAAUCAGUGUCGGGAGGCGCUGGGGGGCUUGCUUGAGCAUUUGGCGGAUAAUACGGAUGUGUGGAAGGGUGCGGUUUGGUGGGCGGCGGGCCCGUGGUGGGGGGAUUAUAUGUUCAACAUGGAGCCGCCGAAUGGAGCGGCGUAUACGGGGAUGUUGGAUUUGUUGGAGCCUUAUUUGGGGUAG